UUCCCAUUUUAUAACAUGGUCAUCCUUUGCCUCUGCAUAUCAAGAGUGCGUACUCAACGUUAAACCUCAUACCCCUGAUUUAGUAGUCACCAUUGCUUCCACAACAUAAUGGUGCGUAGCAUUAUAAUGUUAUGUAUUUGGUUCUUCAUAUUCUUCGACCAGCCGGGAACUUCCACUUUAAUAGACAGUUUGGCAGCGGGUCAAUCUAUUCGAGAUGGUGAGACUUUGGUUUCAGCAGGUGGAAUUACCAAAGUAGGCUUCUUUAGCCCGGGAAAUUCAACAAGACGAUACUUGGGUAUAUGGUACACAAAUGUAUCCCCUAUAACUGUGGUGUGGGUGGCUAACCGAAAUUCACCUCUUGAGAAUAACUCAGGAGUCCUCAAACUCAAUGAAAAAGGGAUUCUUGAGCUUCUCAAUGGUAAAAACAGCACCAUUUGGUCAUCCAAUAUAUCAAGCAAAGCAGUUAAUUAUCCAAUUGCACAGCUCUUGGAUUCAGGAAAUUUUGUAGUGAAAUAUGGACAGGAAAUUACCAAUGAGGACAGCGUCUUGUGGCAGAGUUUUGAUUAUCCAUGUGAUUCUUUGAUGCCAAGAAUGAAACUUGGAUGGAACUUAGAGACUGGUCUAGAAAGAUAUUUAUCAUCUUGGAGAAGUGUUGACGAUCCUGCUUUGGGAGAAUAUACUGUCAAAAUUGAUCUAAGGGGAUAUCCUCAAAUUAUUAAAUUCAAGGGACCUGAUAUAGUAUCUAGAGCAGGUUCAUGGAAUGGCUUGUCGACUGUUGGAAAUCCGGGUUCCACUCGUUCACAAAAAAUGGUGAUCAAUGAAAAAGAGGUGUAUUUUGAGUUCGAACUUCCUGAUAGAUCAGAAUUCGGCAUAUCUUCAUUGACCCCUUCAGGCACAUCGCUGAUUUUAUAUUGGACAACUCAAAGAAGCACCCGGCAAGCUGUCUUGUCAAAUGCGGACAAAGAUCAAUGUGGGAGUUAUGCUUUUUGUGGUGCAAAUUCUAUAUGCAUUUAUGAUGGUAACGUUCCAACUUGUGAAUGCCUGAGAGGAUAUGCUCCCAAGCAUCCUGAUCAAUGGAAUAUAGCAAUUUGGUCAGAUGGCUGUGUUCCAAGGAAUAAAUCUAAUUGCACAAACAGUUAUACAGACGGCUUCUUGAAGUACACAAACAUGAAAUUGCCAGACACCUCUUCAUCAUGGUUUAGUAAGACCAUGAACCUUGAUGAGUGUCAGAAGUCAUGUCUUAAAAAUUGUUCUUGUACAGCAUAUGCAAAUUUAGAUAUCCGUGAUGGAGGAAGUGGCUGUCUACUUUGGUUUAAUACUCUAGUUGACCUGAGGAAUUUCUCUGAAUUGGGACAAGACUUUUAUAUCAGACUCUCUGCUUCAGAAUUAGAUCAUGGUGACCAAAGAAAAAUCAACAAAAAGAUUGUAGCAAUAGCUGUUGGUGCGACUAUCUUUGGAUUAAUUAUCACAUGUGUAUGUAUAUUGGUAAUUAAAAAUCCAGGGGCUGCAAGAAAAAUUUACAAUAAACAUUACAGAAAUAUACUAAGGAAGGAAGACAUUGAUUUGCCAACUUUCAGUUUUUCAGUCUUAGCUAAUGCAACUGAAAACUUUUCAACCAAAAACAAGCUUGGAGAAGGUGGCUAUGGACCCGUAUACAAGGGCAAACUGUUAGAUGGGAAAGAGUUAGCUGUGAAAAGGCUUUCAAAGAAGUCUGGACAAGGGUUGGAAGAGUUCACAAAUGAAGUGGCAUUGAUUUCCAAACUUCAGCACCGUAAUCUUGUAAAGCUUCUUGGUUGCUGCAUUGAAGGAGAAGAAAAAAUUUUGAUUUAUGAAUACAUGCCCAACCACAGCUUGGACUACUUUGUCUUUGAUGAAUCGAAAAGGAAAUUGCUAGAUUGGGAUAAGCGUUUCGAUAUUAUCAGUGGCAUUGCUCGAGGACUUCUGUAUCUUCAUCAAGACUCUAGGUUGAGGAUUAUUCACAGAGAUCUAAAAACUAGCAAUAUUUUACUAGAUGAAAAUUUGGAUCCCAAAAUAUCUGACUUUGGUUUGGCUCGUUCAUUUUUGGGGGAUCAAGUUGAAGCAAACACAAAUAGGGUGGCUGGAACAUAUGGUUACAUGCCUCCUGAGUACGCUGCACGUGGGCAUUUCUCGGUGAAAUCAGAUGUCUUUAGUUAUGGUGUGAUAGUACUUGAGAUUGUUACUGGGAAGAAAAACAGAGAAUUUUCAGACCCAGAAUGCUACAAUAAUCUUCUUGGACAUGCAUGGAGAUUAUGGACUGAAGAGAUGGCACUGGAACUACUCGAUGAAGUGUUGGGAGAACAAUGCACACCCAGUGAAGUUAUACGAUGUGUACAGGUAGGCCUAUUAUGUGUGCAACAAAGACCACAAGAUAGGCCAAACAUGUCGUCAGUGGUAUUAAUGUUGAAUGGUGAAAAACUAUUGCCAAAGCCAAAGGUUCCUGGAUUUUACACUGAAGCAGAGGUUACAUCUGAAGCAAAUAAUUCAUUGGGAAAUCCCAGACUGUGCUCAGUUAAUGAACUUUCUAUCACUAUGUUCGAUGCAAGAUAGAAAAUGGAGGAAAUAAAAUCUUAGGGCUUCACCUUCGAAUGUGGAAUAUAUAGUUUAUCUAAGCAGACAUAAUUUGUGAAACUGAUAUAUAUUAUGAACUCCAGCUUUAUCCUUGUUUCAUAAAUCCAAACACAUGCAACCAAAUAGUUCCACAAA